UUAACUGUCUCAAAAAAUCUGAAAACACCCACGGCCAUAUUUUAUUUUAUUAUCUUUGAGAUGAGGAGCUGACGACUGUAUGACUGAUCAGGACUUCUGAAUUGGCACACGUGCAUCAUAAAGUUUGUAUUUCAGGUUUUUGCACAACAUCAGCAACAUAAAUUAUAAUUUGGGUAAAUAAGGUAUUUGUAGCCUAUAGCUAAUAAACGCUUUGGGAACUCCAAUGUAGCAUCUAUUAGCUGAAGUGCCCUGCUAAGGGAAUGGCCGAGGGGGGAGCAGGAGGGGGGUAAUUAUAUGGUGGCGCUUGCUCCGCUCACCUGACGACCAGGAGGUGUUGAACUUUCACCUCCGCAGUGACACAUAGGCAUCAACUGCUCCACUGCAGUCGCAGGUCAGCUGCGGUCAAUUCUUUUUCUUUUUCUUUUUCUUUUUCUUUUUCUUUUUCUUUUUCUUCUUCUUCUUCUUCUUUUUUUUUUUUUGCAUCGUCUUGUCCGCCUGAAUUUCGAGGGCUUACUAAACCGGUUAAAUCAGGAUGUCAACAAGUGACGCAGGAGAGUUGGAACUCAGAGUUGGAGGAGGAGAGACAGCGACGCCUCUUCACGGGACAGCGCGAGCAACCGACCGAGCAACGCGGACCACAAGCGCAAGAGAACAGCAGAAUGAAAAGAUCAGUGAACGGUUCCAGCAGGAGAAUCAUGAUGAUGAUAAUAAGGAAGAAACUGGAAAGCAGUGUCACCCAUCAGCCAUCAGACAGGAAGAUACACACAAAGCACUAAUAUUAAGGCCAUAUCAACUAAAAAAGGAAGAGGCCGCUCAUUGUGUUGAGUCAAAGGUCCAAAACCAGAAGCCCACUGGACCCAGAUUCACCGCCUGCCUCCACCUUAGACUCUCCAAAAAUGCAGGCCUUGACAAGCCAGAGCUAAGACUCAAGACGAAUUUAGACCCCUGUUUGCACAGUUUAACUGAAACACAGCAGGCAGAGACUGACAACCGCAGCUGUCAAGAUAAUGGACAAACGUCCCUAGCCCACACCUCUAUAAAGAAAGCCAGUGACUCUACAUUAUCUGAAAGGAUACCAUUUCCAGCCAAGAAGAAAGAAGAGGUCAUCCCAGAUGUUUGCAAUGAACUAGAGACAACCAGGGACUUGAGUAUAACUCAUAGUUUCUCAAAUGGGGAGUUUGGAUCACAUGAGUUUAUUGGCUUGCACAUAUUUCCAUGUGGGCCACAACCAACGAGUGAUGCUAGAUCAGUUGAGUUUGAAGAGGAUAUAAAAGACCAUACAAGGUUUGAGAAGCAUACUGAUCUUGUGGAACUGUCCAACCCUACUAGAACCAUGUUGUCUUCCACUGUGGUAACAGUUCUUGCUCCACACCGGAAUGGCCGGCAAAAACGGACCAAAAGACCUGAGUUUACAGGCAAUUCCGAAGCCCAGGGGAGUUUACAAGAUGUGACAAACACUGCGGCAAACCGUGCCCAUGAACGCUUUCAGGAGACUGGAGACAGCUCAUUGACAGAUGGAUCGCAAGCGCAACCAAGGGCGCCAUUUCUGGGUACCAGGAGGAAUACUGCGGACUGGUCAACAAAGAGUGGACCCUCAAGCUUUGACUAUGAAUCUAAGAGGAAAAUUAUUCAGACUGUCUCUUUGGAUGUGAACUUUGGGAGGAUGAACAAUAAAAACAUGUAUGGAGGUGCUGUAAGCCCUGUUACCACAGCUGCCCCUCUGUCUCCCCUCUCCCUUGAACCAAACGAACAAAGGAGGAAUCCACACACAGAUCAUCAAGGAGGAUUGUCAUCUUUAAGCUCAAAACCAACAACCAGCAGUAUGCUUCUGUCUUUAAGAAGAAUCAACUCAAAUGGCAAGAACAGUAAUGCUGCCUCCCCCAUCCCUGAGAAAAAUAAUUUGCCUCUGAGCAGUUCGCCACGUGAUCAAGAUGGACAAUUAUUCACAACACACCUUUCUCAAACCUUUCUCAAUAAUAACUAUGGGCAAGAAAGGUCAAAGCCUCUCCUCUCUUCACCGCCCAUUUCUUAUAGGACAACUGAAACUGGGCCGAUAUUUUCUCAAUCAUCCUCCAGCCAAAGAGAAAGGAACACAUUUGAAACAUGCUUCUCUUCAGCUUUACGGACAAGUGAAGACACACCCUUUGCCCAACAAGCUCAAACAAUGUCUAGGACCGAAUCCAGUCUUUCAUGUUUCAAACAAGCAUUUCCAAUUAGAGGGCCAACAGAGAGGCGAGAGAACUGCAAGGGUUCAGACAAAAGUACAAAUGUAUUCUCAGAGAGCUCUGCCUCUUCAACGAGACAUUCCCUCCUAAAUACCCAUUCCCUCUCUAGAAGGACUGCCCUAACAGCCACUUCCUUUUGGAAACAAGUUAAAGAAAUCAAAGAAAAAUCAAACACACCCGUAGUUCCACCCUGUAAUGAUAAUAGAGACUUUGCCUCUCCAAGUCCAACUGACACAAACAGAUUUAGUAGUCAAAUCCCCAAUAACGGAGACACCAAUAACACAACAGAGUCAGUUGGCAAAGGUAACAUGAACCUUAUUAUGAAAAAUCAGGGAGGAACUGAGAACCUCAAACAAAGAAAAGCUGAGGAUUCACCUGACCAAAGAUCAGACAGGCUUGUCAAACAACAAUAUGGCUCCAAUUUGAACAACAGAGAACCACAAAAACCUCAUAGUUUGUCUGAUGUUUUCUCUUGUUCUAAAAUUAGCAGAGCUACAGAGCAAACAACGCUGAGUCAUCCUCCCAAAGAUCUCAGUAGGCAUGAUGUAAAUACUAAGUCAUUUACAGCAAACGCAACUGAAUUACUACCUACUUGGCUAAAUCCCAAGAGCUCAAAUACACCCACUGAGAGCAGCAGCAAGUACAAUAAUGAUUAUUGCACAUCCAAAACCAACAGCACCCCCGCAUCUUCACACAACAAGGACUCUCAAAAGUUUACCAAACCGCCUCUUUCUCUUGCGACUACCAACACUCUUAGUAGUCAAGCUCUUACCUCAAAAACUAUCUCCGGUCUACCCCUCACCACAAACACUAAAACUACUUCCUCCAUCCACUCUCAUCCAGUUGCUUUACAGACCAAUAUUUGCACUUCACCAUACACUGGCUCUUCCUCCCAAACACCCAAAUUCACCAACACAACCCAUGCCUCACCUCUUGGCUUUGAAAGAAGCUUUUCUUCUGUUCACAAGCCUUUCCACCAUAAAACUAUAUCUAGUCUGAGUACCGCAGACCAUGCUUUCUCUAAAACAAACUACAGUCCAGUAUCCUCUGCUUCCACCAGCUAUUCUUUUGCCACUGGCAGCCAUCCUGCAGCCAUAACUGCUCCAAGCACAUCCCUCCUUACCUCUCCUGUAACUUGUGCCAUUGCAUCUUCUUCCACUACUAUCCCUGUUUCCUCUCUCUCAACCCCACCUGCUACCACUAUCAUUAUCAGCUCCAACGACUCAGUCACUUCCAGCCUUAAGGAGAGAAAGACAUUCUCAAACAGCCAAGAAAGCGAUCCAAAGAAACUGCACUAUGUAGAAGGAAAGCGAGUGAGAAGAGUUACAUGGGAAGACUCUGUGGAUCUGAAGCAUUCUGAGCCUGUGACAGGUGAGAAGUCAGAGCUAUUUCAAGUCCCAACGAGUUCCAGCUCUCCGCAAGGCGGCAAAGUUCCGUCCAUCUUUUCCUUUCACAGAUCAAGCAGUCCAACCACAAAUGCAUCUCAUCUUUGCUCCCCUAGCCCAAAAACCUCCAGCAUACAGGUGGAGAAAGGAGGGAAGUAUCGAUCCUUGUCAUCUGACUCUGCUGAUUUAGCAUCGAGAGAGCAAACACCUAGUGGCACUAUGAUCUUCGACCAAAGAAGACGGGACAUAACCACACCCAGACCAGAGAGGACACUCUCAGCGGAGUCUGGCACACUUCAGGACUGUUCUUCUGCUCCUCUCUCCCUCCCUUCUGACUUUUCAAGUGGUUAUAAGCUUCGCUAUAGCUCCCCACCUUACUCCACUCUCAUCUCUACCAGGUCAACACAGGGAGAAACAAAGACUAUAUUACCCAGAUCACCCCUCUUCCAACAGUCUCAGUCAAAUUAUACGCCACAUCUUUCUAUAUGUACUGAUUCAGUUGCAGCCAUGACCUUGCCCAAGUCCAAACCUCCUCUGUUGCCUAUCACCCUCCCCACGCCCUUAUCUUUGCCUUUCCAAAUCAAAACCACCACCAAAAGAAAUGCAAAGUGUGGGGUUUCAGAAACUGAUCAAGUCAACAACAAUCAAAGCAAGAGCAACAGUCAAGAUUGCCAGAAUUGUCCGGUAUUACUUGUCGACAACAGACUUCAUGAGGCACAGAACUCCUUCUCAACAUGUUUAACUGAGACAUUGGUUUACAGUAUUAAAUCUAAUACAGCUGCCCCAAGGAAGACCACACCUAAACAUUUGCAAAAUACCGCAAACACACAGGCUCCUGUGGAGACCAAGUUAAGUCAACAGUCACACAGAAUGCAAAGUGAGGAGGCUGCAAGAGAACCACAUCGUCAUUCAGAUCAGAGUUCGAGUGGUAGCAGUUCAAGCUCUAACGGAAGAAUGAAGGAGAAUGUGCUUGGUAUAAGCAGAUUGUUUUCAGUGGAGAGCAACAAUGAACAAAGCCCAAAGAAAAGUCUGUUUGCACUGAAGAAAACUGCCACACCACACACCAGUUUGUCAAGAUCCCAGUCAGAGAGGGCUAGCAAGACUAAUAACAAAAUGGACCAGGUCCUUACCAAGCUGAGACAAACAUUCAGCUCCAGGCGGUCUGAUGAUGAUGUAUUAUUUCCAUGGAAAUGGAAGCGAGCUUCUCAAACACCUUCUCUUAGUGGAUCAAAUGAUGUCAGUGAUAUCACUGUUGAGAAUCCCCAAAAGCUAGAGCAGCAAGAGCAGAAGAAAGGGAUGUUGCUUAAGGACAAUGAGAAGGGAACAGAGGGUACCAAUAGAUGGACAACAAAAAACAGAUACACUCUCAUACCACCCUUAGCUGCUGGGAGUACAAUGGCAGGAGAUGAGCUUUACAUUUGCCCAGACAAAUCAACUCAGGAAACUGACCAAGACAAGCAAACUGCUUAUGCAGUACACAUGGAAAACCAACCUCAUUUGACAAUAACCAGCCCAACAAUGCACCAAUUAGACUUUUACAAAGACAACGGGACAGAUGACAAACCAACAAACCAGCUCCUCUAUUGUAGAGAUCCCAGUCCUGGUACGAUCUCUAACCCCUCUCCUGAUUAUCCCACCCAGUACAGGAAGUCCACAUCCAGCCCCAGGAGCCCCUUCUCCCCAUUCUCCUCUCUUUCCCCUGUCUCUCAAUUUACCUCAAUGGAUUUGACAGAUGACAGUGUAUUCUACAGCCCAAAGUUACAGCGUCAGAGAGAAUCCCCCUCACCAUGCGAACCGGGAGAGGGAAUCCGCCUGGGGGGUUCAAGAAGAAGCCGGGCAUCUACUGGUCCUCCAAGUGCAGGUCCAGGACAGGACAAGGACUGCUUGGCAUCCUCCUAUGCAGACUUAAAGUAUGGCAUUGAGCCUGGGAGGUCGUUUUCUGUGAGUUCGGUACUUUCCAGUCGUCCCUCAGGGCCUGGGCGUAUCUCCACUGGAACCCGGUUCAUGAGUGUGGGUGACCUAACUGACUCUGCAUUAACAUGUCGAGACACUCACAAGGACUUGGAUCAGUGGUCUAUUACUCCUGAUUGGACCACAGCAUAUGAUUGCCAGCCCAAUAAGGGCCAUCAACUGUCAUAUUUCUCCAGCGACCCUGGUAAAAUGAGAUCAAGAUCUCUUCCUCGAUCACUGACUAGGCGCUUAGCAAAUUCGGGCUCAGAAGUCUUAACUUCUCCACCUGUAACAACUACAACCUCAGCCCGCCUUAGGAGCCCUAACAUGAACACUUGUCACUUUCCAUGGGAUACAGAAGGUCCUCCAACCCCUCCUCCAACCCCUCCCCUGUCACCAGUGUCCAGACCCAUGUCAAAACCUCCCAGCCUUUCCUCCCCCACCUUCCCGAGUUCAUCAGGAGCAUCACAGCAAGUGGACAACCUGUCUCCCAGAGGGCUUUUGCCCUCCAGAGGUUAUGUAUCCAGCCUUAGUACCUUUGAGGAGUCUUCAGACAGCAGCUCAGACACGACAACAGAUGAUGAAUAUUACUUAGAAACAGGUGAAGACAAAGAAAAAGAGACAGAAUUGUGAAGGCAGAACAAUUGCUUUAAAUCCUCCCAUCUGUCAAGUCUUUGUUUUUCUCAACUUCAUUAUAAACGAGAAGAAAGAUGGGCCAACAUGUAUCUUAUUCUGUCAAGGGACCUCCUUUGUCUCCUGUUUUUUGUUCUCUGCUCUCUCAUUCUCACAAAGGAGACUUGAGGUCAAUAGAGACCGUUUGUUACUGCAUGAUUUGCAUUGUCAAAAAGACAAAUGAGCAAGCAGGAUAUUGUCAGCAAAGUUUUAAAUAUGGUAAAGUAUGUACAGUAUACUGUAUAUAACUGCAUAAUUGCAAUCUUCAUUGUUUAACAUUUAUAGUGUACUACUGUGUAAAGUUAUAAUUAUUCCAUAACACUUAUCUUUAGGUUUGCAUUUCAUCCAGUGCUGAGUAAUGUUGAUAAAUGUGCUAUCAUGUAAUAUUUCAUUGUCUGUUUUCUUCUAUGUUUGAAGAUUGAAAUGAAUUGUGGUAAUCGCAUAAUGCAGAUUUAUUGAAAACAUUUUGUUUAAAUUAUUCUAAGGUAAUAUGUAAUCAUACUGUAUCUUACAAUUUAAUGUUUAAUGUCAAACAUUAUAAAGUACUUUGUACAGUGCUUGCUUUUAUUUGCACAGUGACAAUCUAAAGUCUUAAUAUCUAUUUUUUAAAUAAAUGUAGUAUUUACAGCAAAUUUAAGUUUGUGUUAAAUAAGUCUUUUUGCUUAAAAAGUUAGGUAGACUCUUUAUCCAGACACAAUCGCAGCCUUUACAUGCCAUCAUAAGUGAACUGGUAUGCUAAGUAUCCAGCCUGCAGGGAAAUUAUGACCAUAAUAAUCACAAUGCUUUGCUGGACGCUGUUGUUAAAAAGUGUGUGUUGUUAGGUGUGGCUUCAACCGUUUCACAUUAUUCGAGUGGGUGUUUCCUUUUUGUUCUUAGCUGUGGCAACACAUAAACUGUUAUGGUGAUGGUUAGAUAAAACAUCCAUUAGACUGGGUGGAUUGAGUUGUAAAAUUGUCGCUGCAUGUGUAUGUUUGCACGUCAUGUACUUUGUUUCCUUGUCCACCCCUUCACUGUAUAAUUUGUACCAGAGAGACAUUUACACGUAAACAAUACAUUCUGCUUCGUAUUAUUUGCCAUGACAUCAACUGGGAAAGGCAUUAUUACUUUACAUCAUGUGAUAGUCUUCAGAGCAAUUAUGUUGAGUCUGUUUUCCAUCCUAUGUCAUAUGUCAUAAAACAAAGUGCAGCACUGCAGCGAUGAAACACUUUCUCCAGCCAGCAGCUUCAUCAAGAGCUCUGGGUUCCCUGAGUAAAGACUUGUUGAGGCCACGAAGCUGAUAAGAGACUUAUCUUGUGUUUUGUACCAUGAUAAAGACCACAAGCGGCAAUAUUUAAGUGCUGCUAUAGCUAGACAUUGGGUGAAUGUAGCCGGAUGUACUUAGCUUGUAUACUGAAUGUAUGUGAAGUCCACAGAAAUAUGUUUACUUGUGUUAAAUCUACUAACAUUCUUAAUUUAAGGCUUACCAAAUCCACAAACCAAAUAUACACGAGGCAGACUUGCAAUCAUUUUUAUUUUCCCUGAUAAGAUAGAAACAUUUUGUUUGAAUAGGUACUUUUUAAAAUGAUUUCUUAACAUUUUGGUGAGAAAAAGUAGGAUUUGAAGCUCCCUCCAUCUGUGCGUCUCGUUAAAUGAACCUGUAAAGCUGCAUUCUCUGCAGUAUGGAAUCCACUAAAUGCAGAGGACAGCAGUAUCAGCUUUCACGAAAUAACAAACAGCUUUUACUUCUCAUGGAGAGUUGCAGCACCUGGCAUGUGGGCAUCAAACAGCCUGGGGAGGUGGUGUGUGUGUGUGUGUGUGUGUGUGUGUGUGUGCAUGUGCAUGUGUGAAAGUGAAACAAAGAAUAGCUUUGAACAGUGAUUUGAGGCACAAUAUCAUACAUAUUGUUAUGGAAUGAUGUAGUCUGGUUUUAUUUUGAUAUACUGAAUCCUUUAAGUAUUGAAUACACAGUAGGAAAUCUGUUUUAGAUUUAAUAAUUCUACAUGUUAUUUUGUUAUUUUAUAAUUCUGAGAAAUGUUUUUUUGCCUGUUGACGCUUGUUAACCACCACACUGGACAUAUAUACUGGUUCAAAUAAAAUGUUGAUUAUCAUGGAGAAAUGUGUUCUUGUGAGUGGAGCUCUUUGACCAUCUA